AUGUGGGCAUUCCUGGGGUCGGACUGCAUGUUCUUUGGCUCGCUUAUCGCGACAUAUCUGGUGUACAAGAAUCGCAGCAUUGCCGGACCCCUUCCAGAGGAUGUGUUCAGCAUCCCCGUUACCACCGUCAGUACCUUCGUGCUGCUUAUGAGCAGUAUGAGCAUGGUGCUGGCAUAUGCGGCGCUUACGCGCAACAGCAUGAAGGCAUUCCGCAUCUGGCUGGCGUCGACCGCCCUUCUUGGAGCGACUUUCAUCGCGUUCCAGGUGUAUGAGUUCAGGACAUUCGUCAACUUCGAGCAUGUGGUGAAUUGUUCCGAUGUCGGCGUUGUCGAGCUGACGCCGGUCAAACAGGAGCUCGCGAAGAAAUGCGGCACUGAGGACGAGCAUGACGGCAAGGUCGAAGAAGUUGUCGGGUUGACUCCGCGCACGAACCUCUUCGGUUCUACAUUCUAUACACUGACUGGGUUCCACGGUGCUCACGUUACGCUGGGCAUAGUGUGGUUGCUUUCUCUAUUCUUCCUAUCGUUCAAGAGGGGGAUGGUGACGCCAGAAAGAAACUUGGACCUUGACUUAGCCGCACUCUACUGGCACUUCGUUGACGUUGUCUGGAUCGUCAUCUUCACUGUCGUGUAUCUGUUUGGAGUAUUCCCAGGAUUCUAG